AUGGCCAAGUUUAGUGCUUUGGCGGAAGAAAACAGAUGUGCAGAUUGGCGGAGCGAGGUGAAAGUUGAUCACGGGAAUGAGUCAGCUGACUCCGAUCUGUGCUCGGUGCAUUCAGUGUUCGUCCUCCAUUCCAAUCUGGACGGUGUAUUUGGAAAAUCAAGCUUGAUCGAGCGACUCACACGGGCUCGUCUUCAAGCCGAUGCGGAAUUCCGAGUGGAUCACCAAAACGAGCGUCCGUUCCCGAGCCAUUCAUACCCGAUCGUUCCGUCCCAGGUCAGUGUGGAAUUCACCGUGUUCGCGAUCAGUCUGGGCUUGCUCACUGUGCGCUACGCAAUGCCAUUCUAUUUCACCAGUCGAGUUUUCUCCUCCCUCCUGUCCAUGUUCAUCGCUUUGACCAGCGCAUUCCUACUGAUCGAUUCGGCCACUGUGGCCGUUGUAUACAAACUGUUCUCGAUCGGUGUUCGCGAGCCCGGUGGAGCCGUUCUCAUAGAAUUCGGUGAACAAGAAAAGGUGCUUUCCCCGUGGCAAUGUUUGUGCAUGAGUGUUGCCGGCCUACCAGCCAUUCUGAUUAAUCUGAUGGCUGUGUACGCAUAUGGCGAGGAACAAUUUAGUCGUGCGGUGAUCAAUUACGCGCAAUUACUGAUUGCCGGUGAAUUACCACCUUCACGUUCCGCUCGUGUAGGGGAUCCGAACAAGUUACGGUGCAACGGCGCAUCAUUAGUCAUGGAAUGUGGAGCUAACGAGUGCGUGGAAAAUAACGGUUCUUUUGCUACCGCUGAUCGUGGCACUUUGGACGAGAUGGAUAUGGACGGAGUUCGGGAAGCUGUCUACGGAUGGCCGUUAACCAUUGCAGUGACCACAAAGUACUGGCGACCACCUCCACCGAGCACCAUGCGACGAUCCGGUCGCAUCUCAAAGCGAGCCAACACACCCAUUCUCGGGCAGUAUCCGUCCAAUGAUAGCGAAGCCUCGAGCACACUGAAGCGAUUACCGGGGCAGAAUGGAACCAAUGGAAGUGCUGAUAUGAACGCCUCUGUACACACUCUCACCGAUUUGAGCGAUGCGAGUAAGGCGGGCGCAAGCAGACGGUCACAUUUGGGUUUGUUGGUUGUCGCGGCUAUCGCGUUUGUUUGGUUCCUCGUGACAAGAAUGUGUUUGGCUGCUCCAUUCCUGCGCUGUUUCUGGAAAACCGAAUUGCGCCUGAUCCUGAUCAAUAUUAUUGUGACUGUGCUCUAUUUGGUCGUGUGGCUCCUACUUUGGUUUGGUCUAGGUGUGAAGAAUGCUUGGCGUUUUCGUCUGUUACAUACAACAUGGCCAUUCUGGUCCCGACCGAAUUCGACCGCUGGACCAACAAUGGAGAACGGUCAUGUAACUUAUGGACCAGACGGUCAAACUCCCAUGACACUGCAUCCGCUACAGGCUGGCUAUCCCGCUCUAUGGCCUUAUAUGCCAUAUGCACCGUGGAUAGCCUCAACGGGUCCAGGUGGAAUGAGUGCUGGACUUCCGGUUGGUGAUACCGGAGACCUGCAUCCCUUACCGGUUCCCCUGUCUAAUGGGAAUGUGGGAAUGCAAGAAGCCGGAAGUGGAGGAGAUUCCCUGUACGGAUGUUUUGCCGAGCUUGCGUCAACCGGUCCGCCGGCAUCCAAUCCCGGUUUGGAUCAAUAUCAGGCUCACGUCCAGACUUCGGGACUUCGUGCUGGACCUCCAACAGUGUCAGAUGAUUCCGAAGCGUUACCGGAACCGGGCGAUCAUUUGGACGGCAAUUCACGCUAUUUCAAACCUGUUCAAUCCGUCAGCUUUCACAGUGGCCUCACGGCAGUCAAUAAUUACCGUACAAGUAAUCACCAGUCAUGCACACCAUCACCAUUCCAACACAUGCCGUGUGAGUCCAGUUCUCGAGGCACCUCGCCGGUUGAUGGCGCUAUUCCUACAUCCAUGUCUGCUAGUGUACGUCAAAGAGGUCAACAAAUGGCUGCAGCUCAGAAUAUACUACUGCGCCAAGGUCGUAUAACUGAUGGAGUAGAACCUACAUAUGCAACUUUGACUACCCUUUCACGACCGAACGGUCGAGCUCCAUCUGUGACACCGGAAAGUCGAGGCCAAACUCCAGUCAAUGGUAUGAUGCAACAACACCAGUCUUCGUAUCGACGUAAUGGUUCCCGAGUGACGUUCAAAGAUCACACGCCGGAUCAGAAUACUCUACGUUCUAUUCACCAUCAGCAACAGCAACAACAACAGCAGCAGCAGGAUGCUGCCACUGGGAGUAGUGAUAGCGGGGUAUACACGAAUGGUCAUGGGAUGAACGGGAACGGUGACAGACCAGUUCAAAGGGGUCGAUUGAAACCGGAAUUAUUUGCCAUUUACGGUGAUGUCAGAACUCCGGCCACCGGCAGACUCCGGCCACAAUCACCACCCACACACAAAUCAAUACAAUCGUCCGCGUUCGGUCGAAAUAACGGACAAGGUGCAGAUGAAGUGGCCGAGAUGUCCACAGACAUGACCAGUUACGGUGCGCGUACAGAAAAUGUGAUGACACGAUCCAGUGAUCAGCUAUGUAGCCAAGUAUGA